AUGCUCGCACAGUUGUUGAAUCAAUUGCAAAUCCCGUUGAGCGCGAUUCAAGAACAGGUUAUUUUUGCUAUGAUCGAGUACAGAGUUAGAGUACACAUGGAUGGAGGAGAUGUGGGUAUCCGUCUAUGCGCAACUCGACGAUUUGGUGGAAUGUUCGGUUUGGCUGAAAUGAUUUGGAAAUUGUACCAUUGA